AACGUUUUUUAAAAGGAUAGAUUGGAAUCUUGGGAGCGCAAUUUUCCACCAUUUCUUUUGUUUUUCAUUUUCACCGGUCCGAAGUUUAACGUUCGCCGUGUUGUCCGGAUUUGCUUGUUAUUAAUUUAUCCCACUUCAACGACCCGACAAAUCAAAUCAAUCACCCAUUGAUAUUGCUAUCAAAUUACUAUCAAUAUUAAUGCCUCUCUCUGUCUCUCUCUCUUGACUCCCGAAGUCUUCACAGAGAUUCGUCGGUUGAUAUACGUGAAACCAGUUUUGUUCUGAACAUCGUGCUCUGUUUUCGUGGUUAGAGGGAAAUACAGAACGUCGCCGCUUCGUUAUUUCAUUUGUCUCUCUCUCUCUGUCUAUCUCACUCUCUCUGUGGAUGCUUUGGAGUUUCAUAGAAUAUGAUGUCUGACUGUGUACCUGUAUUAGCAGAUCCAAACUAUCGGAGGUCAUGUCUUUGUGGCCUUUUACCCACAACUUCUUUGCUUUGUCUUGUGUUCUUCAUAGGGAGUGCAUUCGUAACACCGGAUUACAAAGAGAAAUUGUCAAUAUGGGGAUUAGGUGGUAGUUUACAGAAUUCAAAAUUCAGCAAUUGCGGGAAUAAAUGCAGGCCUCAUGGAAGCGAGGCAUUACCUAAAGGUAUUGUUUCCCAGACUUCUAACUUGGAAAUGCGACCAUUAUGGGGUUCUCCAAAGACUAAUGUGAAUUCUACAAAUAAUCUAUUUGCUAUGGCCGUCGGGAUAAAGCAAAAAGAUCUUGUGAAUAAAAUGGUCAAAAAGUUUCUGUCAAGCAAUUUUGUUGUGAUGCUUUUCCACUAUGAUGGAAUGGUUACUGAAUGGAAGGAUUUUGAAUGGAAUAAUCGUGUCAUACACAUUUCUGCACUCAAUCAAACUAAAUGGUGGUUUGCCAAGCGUUUCUUACAUCCUGAUAUAGUGUCUGAGUAUGGUUACAUUUUCCUCUGGGAUGAGGACCUUGGAGUUGAAGACUUCCAUCCUGAGCAAUAUGUAUCUAUAAUUAAAAGUGAGGGGCUUGAGAUAUCACAGCCAGCACUUGAUCCUAACAAAUCUGAGGUGCAUCAUCAAAUUACCGCUCAGGGGAGGAGAACAAAAGUGCACAGAAGAAUUUACAAGCCUGGUGGCAGUGGGAAAGGUUGUGAUGGCAGCAGUACAGCUCCUCCAUGCACUGGGUGGAUAGAAAUGAUGGCACCUGUUUUCUCAAAAGCUGCCUGGCGGUGUGUAUGGCAUAUGAUCCAGAAUGACUUGAUCCAUGCUUGGGGCCUAGAUAUGCAGCUUGGUUAUUGUGCACAGGGCGAUCGAACCAAAAAUGUUGGUGUUGUGGAUGCUGAGUACAUAGUCCAUUAUGGUCGUCCUACACUCGGAGGCAUAGAUAGAAAUGAGGCAUCAUCUCACUCUCGUGCAAAGGAUCAUAGGGUUGAUGUAUCAUCUCACUCUCGUGCAAAGGAUCAUAGGGUUGAUGUGAGGAGGCAGUCGUACAUUGAAUUGGAUAUUUUCAGAAAACGAUGGAAAAAAGCUGUCAAGGAGGAUGAAUGUUGGAUUGAUCCAUACCCGCAGCCUGUGGAGGAAAGCAUACUUUAAUUCUCAUUUGAUGGUCUUCAAAUGUCCUUGUAACAUAUGUACCAUUAUACAUCACAGAUGUUGUAAAGAUAAGGCAAGACCUCAAGAGGCCAAAGAAGGUAUUGAUGGAUAGGAGUUUUGCUGGGAUCUUGAGCUGUUGAAUACUGAUAGGUACAGGACUCUGUAUAUCUUCAUUGAGACCUAGUUUGAUAAACACUUCCAUUGUUCAUAUAUAUUAUAAUGAACUCUUGUAAUUUUACCAUUUUUUUCAAAUUAUAUUUUUGUACCCACAAGCAGAAAUUGUAAAGCAUUUAACUCCAACUCUAUUGGCUUUUUUAAGAAGAAAUCUUGUGGUCUCUCAAACAGAAUGAGAAGCAGCCUUGUCAACUCCA